GUAAACAAAGAGAGGCUCUCAAAGUUACUUACGUCCUAUUAAAAUUUUUCUCUAGAUAUAUAGUUGAACUGAAUUCGCAAGCUUCCAGAAUGGGUCUUACAAUUUCAAGCGUUUUGACCAGGCUUUUCGGUAAAAAGCAGAUGAGAAUUUUAAUGGUCGGUUUAGAUGCAGCUGGAAAAACAACUAUACUCUAUAAGCUGAAACUUGGCGAGGUGGUAACGACUAUUCCAACUAUCGGCUUCAACGUAGAAACAGUGGAGUACAAGAAUAUUUGCUUUACUGUCUGGGAUGUUGGUGGUCAGGAUAAAAUUCGUCCUUUAUGGCGCCACUAUUUCCAAAACACACAGGGAUUAAUCUUUGUAGUAGAUUCCAAUGACCGCGAACGAAUUGUUGAAGCGAAGAAAGAGCUGCAAAGUAUGCUGCAGGAAGAUGAGUUACGGGAUGCUGUUUUGCUAGUAUUUGCUAACAAACAGGAUUUACCAAAUGCGAUGACAGCAGCUGAACUGACCGAUAAGUUGCACCUCAAUCAGCUGAAGAACAGACAGUGGUAUAUACAGGCGACAUGUGCCACCCAAGGACACGGUUUAUAUGAGGGUUUAGACUGGCUAUCCAAUGAGCUCGCCAAAAAAUGAUGAGACGGUUACUGUCAAACAAUGUGCGCUGAGCGUUUUGUUUCGCCACGAAUCGGUAUUAGUUGUUUGAAUUUUUUCACAUCUAAAUCUAAAGAACACAUUUAUAUUCAUUGAUAAACCUAGAAUGAGAUAGGAUUAAUAAAACAACCGAUACAACCGUAUUCAUGUAGGAUAAACUAUUAUGUUUAAUAUUUUCCCGAGUAACAAAUUGCAGUACAGUUGAAGCGUGAUUAUAUUUUUUUUGCGAACGAGCUAAGGAAACAGAAAUUAGAUGUUUAUCCUUUCCAAAUUACACAGUUGAAAAAAGACGUAAUAAAUAAUUGGUAUGUAUAUGAUGAACGCAGGCAAUCAAAUACCACUACAUUUAUUAUUUGUAAGUUUCAAGAAUAUAUUUUGCUGUAAAAAAAAUCAAAA